AUGGAUCCUGCAAAGCUGACCGGCCAGGCACUCCUUAGCCACACUAUCCAAACAACGCGCAUCAUCGAUAACCAUGCUCAUCCUUUACUGGAUCUCGACGCCAUUGGGCGUUAUCCACUUCUUUCUAUCACCACUGAGGCCCACGGAGAUGCGAUACACGCCUCAUUGACCAGCUUAGCUCAUUUGCGAGCUGUAAAGCAGCUGGCCAAGGUGCUCGGGUGUGAGCCUAGUUGGGAGGCCGUUGUCAACGCCAUUGAGGCGAAGCGGAUUGAAGACUACGACUCUUGGGUCGCUGAAUGUCUGAAUGGCAUUGAAUCUGUUCUUGUCGAUGAUGGGCUGGAUGGAGAGGAUGCGGUCUAUCCCUACUCAUACUUCAGCGACGUCACACGAAGCCCGGCUAAGAGAAUUGUCCGCAUCGAAAAGAUCGCCGCUGAAAUCAUUAACGAUCACCUGCCGAAGGAUGAGUCAGCGGCAAGAAACGCUAAAGAUGCUGGUACUGCAUUCGAAAAGGCACUGAAGGUGUUUGAUCACAGGAUCGCGGAAGCCAUCGCCGACCCGGAGGUCGUUGGCUUCAAGUCUGUCAUCUGCUACAGAACUGGACUUGCAAUUCCCAGGCGUCCGGAUGCCGGCGCUGCUAGAAAAGCCUUCGAAGCGAUUCACACGAAUCACACACAAGGAACCGAUAAGGCAUUCACACGUGUCAACCACCAAGGGUUGAACGAGUAUUUAGUUCACAGACUUGCAUGCCUUAUCAGGAACGCCACGGGUACCGGCAAGAAACCAAUUCAAUUCCAUACUGGUCUGGGUGACAACGACAUUACUCUCACCUCUGCAUCCCCAUCUCAUCUUCAGGAGUUCAUCCGUCAAUAUCCUACAGUACCUAUCGUCCUGCUUCACGCCAGCUAUCCCUUUGUGAGAGAGGCCGGUUACCUGGCCUGCGUUUAUUCUAACGUUUACGCCGACAUCGGAGAAAUUUUUCCUUUCCUGAGUCGAGACGGUCAGGAAACUGCUCUGAGGCAGAUUCUUGAGUUGUGUCCCUGGUCAAAGAUUCUUUGGAGCACUGACGGGCAUUGGUUCCCAGAAACUUACCUCCUCGCCAUACUCCAAGUCAGAGAAGUUUUGGAAAAGGUUCUGUGCGAGUAUGCUCGUAAAGGACAUAUGACUUGGCGAGAAGGCACUCAACUUGUGAAAGAUAUUCUCUUCAAUAACUCGAAUCAUGUUUACCACUUGGGGUUUGAGUUUAGCUUUGAUGAGUCAAUCAUCAAUCCAAGAAGGCUGUCCGGACGAAGUGACCUCGACAUCCUCGAGGCUUUCUUAGACGGAAAGCAGCCGCCACAGUACCUUCGUGUCUAUUGGAACGAUAUGACGGCCACAUCACGAGCUCGUGCUGUACCGAUGCGGAAGGUUCUCUCCGUCUUGAACGAAGAUGGAGACUUCUCGCUCGGCAUUACCAAGGCCAGUCUUGGUCUCCUGCAGAAUGAUCGUGUUGUCCCAGGAGCAUCUGGCACAGGAGAAUACCGACUUCAUCCAGACUUCACCUCACUGCAAGAAGGACCGAGAGACGGUCAUAUCAGCGUCUUCGGUGAUUUCAGAGAGCAAGAUGGAUCUUCGGUGUCAUUUUGUCCGCGAUCUUUGCUUCAGCGAGUAGUUGAAGUUGCUGCUCGACAUGGGUUGACCUUCCACAUCGGAUUCGAAAUCGAACUGGUUCUUCUCGAGCGCGUGGGCAACUCCUUUGAGAAGUAUAGAACUCUCAGCAACGACGGGCAUGCUUGGUCAACUUCCCGCAUGAUGGAUCACCCAGUUUUCAUCAAGGUCAUUGAGAGGGCCGUUGCUGAAUUGGAUGCGAAAGGCAUCUACAUCGAACAGGUACAUCCCGAGAGCGCAGCUGGCCAAUUCGAGGUCAUUCUCCCGCACGCCCCGCCGCUGGAAGCAAUAGACACCCUUUUGUACGUCCGCGAGGUUAUCUCUAGCAUCGCCACUGCCGAGGGAUACAGAAUGACUCUCCAUCCCAAACCGUUCCCGACAUCUUGCGGCACGGCAGCUCAUGUACACAUGUCAAUCACCUCGGCCGGCGGCUCGAAGCCUGAGACGUACGGUCCAUUCUAUGCCGGUAUAUUGAAGCAUCUUCGAGCCAUCAACGCCCUCACUUACAGUAACCCGGCCAGUUAUGAGAGGGUUCAAGACGGGGCCUGGGCUGGCGGUCGGUGGGUUACUUGGGGCACACAGAACCGGGAGACACCCCUACGCAAGAUCGAAGACAGCCAUUGGGAGAUCAAGUGCAUGGAUGGCCUUGCCAAUCCUUACCUAGCGAUAGCUGCUCUUCUCGGCGCGGGCACCCACGGAUUUGGACAAAGGGAGAAGCUGUCCUGGGGCGACUGCGAAGUUGACCCUGCAUCGUUGACGCCUAACGACAGAAAGGAAUUGGGUGUAGAGCAGAUGCUCCCAUCAGGACUGCCCGAAGCCCUCAAAGCUUUGCGGACGGACGACGUCAUGAAUGAGGUGCUAGGGGAAGACUUGGUCGAGAGAUACAUCACGGUCAAGGAAGAAGAGAUGAAAAAUCUAGAGGCCAUCAGCAGUGACGAUCGACGACAAUGGAUAAUGGAAAGAUACUAA